CUGCAACAGGAGUCUGGACGGUACACGUUUCAGGUGGCGCUUGAUGCCAACAAAGGCUUGGUGAAAGAGGCAGUUGAAAGGAAUUUUGGCGUUACCGUUUUGGCUGUCAAUAUUACGAUGCUACGGGGCAAGCAAAAGCGGUAUGGCCCCAAGAUCAAGAAGACUCCGGAUACCAAGAAGGCCGUGGUCACGCUCAAGCCCGGCGACCGCAUCAACCUGGUGGAGGGUCUCUAG